ACAAGACAAUCUAUUUUAUUCGGACUUGCCACUGAAUAUAUUAUUCUUUGUGUGGAUGAGGUGAAAAUGAUGUCAUCCUAAAAUGGCGGCAGUAGGCACGUUUGGUGGAUUCGGUGCUAUCAAUCCUGCUGCAACAACAAGCGCUGCUACUGGUGGUUUGGGAACUGCAACAGGCACUGGGUUCAAUUUUUCAACUCCGAGUGCUGCCGUAGCACCACUUGGAGCUAGUGGUCUGUCUUUAGGAUCUGGAGGAGCUGGUCUACUUGGUGCUGCACCUGCUAUGUCUACUGCUGGUGGAUUCUCUUUUGGUACUCCUGGUACAUCUUUAGGAGGUUCACUCACAUCUGGCACUGCACCAACGCAGUUAGGUGUAGCACCUACGCAAGCUACAACAUCUACUUCUGCGUUUGGUUUUGGAAUGAAACCGACCAGUGCUACUGCUGCAUUGAAUCUGGCCACUCCUAGUGCAGCUAUUAAGCCUACUUUAUCGUUAGGAUCAAGUACAACAGGAGCUUUAAAUCUGAGUACAGGAGGGUUGGGAAAUAUAUCAACACCAUCAUCGUUGGGACAAUCAGCAGCCACUGGUUUUGGCUUGGGUUCUGGUUUAGGCUUGGGUGGACUUGCAUCCUCAGCUAACUCUGGUCUUGGAUUAGGUAAAGGCCUAACAACUACAACUACAACUGGCACUGGUGGACUUGCAGCAUCAACUGGGCUAGGCCUAGGCUUAUCAACAGGUUUAGGUGGCCUUACAACAUCUGCUGGUACUGGCUUAGGUGGCCUUACAACAUCAACUGGUACUGGCUUAGGGGGACUUACAACAUCAACUGGUUUUGGCUUAGGGGGACUUGCUACAUCAACUGGUACUGGCUUAGGGAGUUUUGCAACAUCAACAGGUACUGGCUUAGGUGGUAUCACAACUUCAACAGGCACUGGCUUAAGUGGCCUCACAUCAACGGGUACUGGCUUGGGUGGCCUCACAUCAACGGGUACUGGCUUGGGUGGUCUCACAGGAUCAACAGGGACUGGCUUAGGUGGCCUCACAGGAUCAUUAGGUACUGGCCUAGGUGGCCUCUCAACAUCAACAGGCAUUGGCCUUGGUGGGUUAGGAACAUCAACUGCUACCGGCUUAGGUGGCCUUACAACCACAACCUUAGGUGGGCUUGGAACUGCUCCCACAGCUACCGUUAGUAGAGGUUUGGGGGGCAUUGAUCCUGCAACAAGCAUUGCCACGUCUACAACUGGAACUACAAGUGCCAAUGGAAAGUUGAGUAAUAAUAAAGCAUUGAAAGAGAGUGCAUUACCAAAUGAUAUUGUGGUAGCAGUGGAAUCAUUCAAAGUGUACGUGAAGAAGCAGAAGGAUAUUCGUGAAGAGAACACACGAUUUUCUGCUAAACCUUUUAGUAAAGCUGAAGACGAAACCCAAGCAAUUAGACAAGCCUUAUCAGUUGUUUCCAACGGUCUACACAGGAAUGCUUCUACUAUACAUAAAUUGAAAGAGGAAACUUAUCAAGAGUUGAAAAAUGCUGAAAUUGCACAGAGAACCAAGGAGAUACCUCUGGCUUUACAGCUGGAUAACACGUCACCUUCAGAGUAUUUUCAAAGACUAGUUGAAGAAUUUGAAAAGCAAAUGCAAUUUUAUCGACUUCAGUUAGAAGAACUGGAAGGCCAUCUUGGGUCAUUAGCGCAGCCAUCAGGAUAUACACCACAAGAAUUAUCCCUGAUAAUGUUCAGACUACAUGAAUCAUUCAUUGCGUUAGCUGCUCAGUUACAAUCAGUACAUGAAUCUAUUAAGACACAAAAAGAACAUUACUUAAAUUACAGGAAGAUUUUUCAUGGUGAAACUAACGAUAUCUUUGCUGAGAGAAAAAGAAUGACUGAGCAGAAAAAACAGAAAUUGCCGCUUGCCAUGGUGGGUCCUGUUCCAUUUGAUACAAUGUCAAGUGCUGCAGCAGCUGCUAUGGCAACAGCAAUGACUGCAUCACAGAAACCUGGAGGUCCCAGUAUUGGACAAUCAGGAACGGCAUUUGGAACUGGAGCCACAUUUGGUGGAUUUGGCACUCUGGGAUUAGGAACAGACUUCGGCAAUAAAAGUGGAUUAGGAACAAUGUCAGGUUUAACUAGCAGUGUUAAACCUACUGGUUUUGGUACAAGUCUAGGUGGUAGUCUAAGUGCUGGGCCAACUACUGGAGCUACGUCAUUUGGUGCAUUCGGUACAACAGGUUCUACAUUUGGAGCUACCCCCUCAACUGCCACAUCUAGUGGAAAACCAUUUACAUUGCAAAAACCACCAGGAAGUAAAAGAGGGAAAAAAUGAUGACCAAUGGAAACUAGAGUUGUGCAACAAAAACAUUGCGAGAUAUACAAGUAUAUGGAUUAGAUUGGCUGAAUAAAAUCUGUGCCAAGAGAAGUCUGGAUUUAUGCAGCAACCUGAACAAACAGUCAGACUGGUACCUCAUGGACAAACUGUGAAUAAAUCAAAACGUGGUGAAUGAACUGAUAAGUUCAGGAACAAAUCCACUGUACUGUAAUUGUCUCGCAGAUAUCCAGGUUUUAUAGCGAUCUGUGUAACACAAAUACAUGUUAUAAAUGUAUCACAAGGCAUACAAUUAUACAAGUGGUAUUGGAUUAUUUUAAGGAUACCAACUUUGUACACACAAAGACACCACAGAGUGAGUAAUAGCCUAAUCGACUAGAUUUGGUUGCGCAGUGCCUCAGUUAGACUCCUCAGCCAGCACACAAUGAGUGCCCUGAUUGGUUAGACUCCUCAGCCAGCACACAAUGAGUGCCCUGAUUGGUUAGACUCCUCAGCCAGCACACAAUGAGUGCCCUGAUUGGUUAGACUCCUCAGCCAGCACACAAUGAGUGCCCUGAUUGGUUAGACUCCUCAGCCAGCACACAAUGAGUGCCCCGAUUGGUUAGACUCCUCAGCCAGCACACAAUGAGUGCCCAGAUUGGUUAGACUCCUCAGCCAGCACACAAUGAGUGCCAUGAUUGGUUAGACUCCUCAGCCAGCACACAAUGAGUGCCCUGAUUGGUUAGACUCCUCAGCCAGCACACAAUAAAUGCCCUGAUUGGUUAGACUCCUCAGCCAACACACAAUGAGUGCCCUGAUUGGUUAGACUCCUCAGCCAGCACACAAUAAAUGCCUUGAUUGGUUAGACUCCUCAGCCAGCACACAAUAAAUGCCCUGAUUGGUUAGACUCCUCAGCCAGCACACAACGAGUGCCCUGAUUGGUUAGACUCCUCAGCCAGCACACAAUAAAUGCCUUGAUUGGUUAGACUCCUCAGCCAGCACACGAUAAAUGCUCUGAUUGGUUAGACUCCUCAGCCAGCACACAAUGAGUGCCCUGAUUGGUUAGACUCCUCAGCCAGCACACAAUGAGUGCCCUGAUUGGUUAGACUCCUCAGCCAGCACACAAUGAGUGCCCUGAUUGGUUGGACUCCUCAGCCAGCACACAAUGACUACCCUGAUUGGUUAGACUCCUCAGCCAGCACACAAUGAGUGCCCUGGUUGCUUAGACUCCUCAGCCAGCACACAAUGAGUGCCCUGAUUGGUUAGACUUCUUAACCAGCAAACAAUGAGUGCUCUGAUUGGUCAGUCAGUCACAUGUUCAGGUUUUCUGUCCAACAAGAGAAACUUCCAAGAUGCUUGUAAUUUCAUCACACUGCCAAACAUUGUGACGUAUACCAUUAGAUUACAAGCAAGCCAAACAUGUAUUUUAGCAGGAAUCAAGAGCUGCCCAUCAACAUUGAGCAGAUUUGGUAUUGUGGGAAACUUUUCUAAUGCUGUUUUUGACAGGACAACAACAACAACAACAACAAUCUUACAGCUGGAGAGAAUGGAUGAAUCUUGUGACGGUGUUUAUGUGUUUCACAUUUAUUGUAUGCGAACACUGAAAUCAAAUGAAAUUAGUGUUUAUAAUAAAACAUUUAUUACAAAUUUAUUA